AUGGAGAUGACUUACCAGGCUCACAUCGACAGGGAGAUUGAAUCACUCAUGGAAAGAAUCCAUCCACCCAGGGUCUGUAUAGACAAUGAUUCCUGCAGAGACUGCACAGUGGUGAAGGGUGUUCUGAAACAGAUUGAUUGUGCAAACAGACAUGGGAUAUUAUUGGAGAUGGUGCAGGUGUUGACAGAUCUUGAUCUCGUCAUUUCCAAAUCAUACAUUUCUUCUGAUGGUGGAUGGUUAAUGGAUGCGUUCCACGUGACGGAUCAAGUUGGACACAAGCUUACUGACAAUUGCCUCGUCAAUUACAUUCAGCAGGCACUGUGUGAGGCUAGAAGCAGCAGAGGAAUUUCAAGCGACGUAGAGCUGCAAAGUUGCAAUGAACUACCAGGAUCAAAAGUGUCGUCGGUGGAGAACUUGGCCAUAGAGUUGACCACGACGGACCAGCCGGGCCUGUUUUUAGAUGUAUCAGCUGCUCUACUGGGCCUGGGCUUCAACGUUAGCUCCGCAACGGCAUGGACCCACAAAGACAGGGCUGCCGGCAUCAUCCAUCUAGAGGACGCAAACCAACUUGGGCCCAUCUACGACUUCCAACUUUUAGCCCACGUGCAGGAAGAACUCCAGAACGUGGUCAAGGCCCAAAUCGGGGAAGAGGAGAGGAAGAGAGUGAGGCUGAGGCUGAGGAGCUUCGCUGCCGGGCGCAACCAUACAGAGCGGCGACUCCACCAGAUGAUGCACGACGACGGAGAUUACGAGAGGUGCGGCGCAUGCCUCGGCCAGAAGAAGAACAAUAGACGUGAGGGGAUAGAGGUGUCGGUGGGUAGGUACGAAGAGAAAGAGUACUGGGUGGUGAACGUGAGGUGCAGGGACCGCCCUAAGCUUCUGUUUGAUACUGUCUGCGUCCUCACCUACAUGCAGUACGAGAUUUUUCACGCCGCUGUUAGCUCCAACACCUCCAUGGCCGACCAGGAGUACUUCGUAAGACCAAAAGGUAGUUUGAAGUUGGACAAUGAAAGCGAGAGACAAAAACUCAGCCUAUGCUUAAUCGCAGCCAUAGAGCGCAGAGUCUCUCAUGGAUUGAAGAUGGACAUUCACACUGAAAACAGAGCGGGACUACUUUCAAAGGUGACACGUGUGAUUAGUGAGAAUGGACUAUCGAUAACAAAGAUGGAUAUAGGAGUAGAAGGUGAGACAGCAACAGGAUCAUUCCAUGUUGCAAAUUGUUCAGGUGAAGAUGUGAAUCCAAAUAUAGCAGAGUUGGUGAGAAGAGAGACUGGUGGGAAACAUCCUUCCAUUGAUAUAUUCAGUGACGUACAAGUUAACAUACUUGGCUAA